CAUGUUUAGUAAGGUUACAGUCUUUGUGUGUGUGUGUGUGUUGGCUAAUACUACCGGUAAAAGUAACACUAACAGUGAAAAGUGACUGAUGAUGAAUAGCUGUGGUGUGGAUCUAUGCAUAGAUGGUAGACCCUUAAUCAACCAUAGCAUGGGUGUUAUGCCAGGUAUUCAUGUAGAAGGUCCUGGUAACACAUGGAAUAGUCAACAAAGUUCAAGUUUUGAUUCAAGGGGAUACGAACACUCACACAGUACAACCUAUGGCAACAUGAAUGACAGAAUAAUGGAAGGACUUCCAAAUAGUUAUACUCAUUCAUCUUCAGCUAUGUCUUCAAUAAUGGGUAAAUCCAAGGACCCGUACUCAAUGCCAUACCCAUCUAUGUCCAGAGAAUCUAACCUUACACCUAAUGCACAUGUAGCGAGUGGAAUGCCAACUCUUACCAGCGACAUGUCCAGCGGUAGUUCACUUUCACCUCAUGCCAAGCCUGGUUCACCUUAUUACUAUAGCCCUCACCACAGACGCAGACCACUUGUGCCUGAACAUCCUACAUUUACAGGGCCACCAAAACGAAGGAAAGGCCCCCCAGGGGGGUUAACAGUGUAUUCUCCUAAUAGUCAAGAGGACUAUCACCAUUCAUCCGAUCCAUCCAGUUACCCUUCCCCUAAGCCUCCAGGCAUAUAUCCUAACGAGUACUUCAUGGAUGCUGCUUCAGGCACCCACAGUCCACAUAGUACAGAUCCCUGGAACAGUAAUGGGCUGGCCCCAUCCAGUGCUAGCUUUCAUUCUACUUCCAUCUUAGGCAACUCUGCUUCUUCAUAUUCACAAUCACAAACUACAUACCCACCACAUGAACCUAUGGGCUAUGGUCAGAGUCAAAGUGGUGGUCAUGUCCACAGUCAUAGUUUGUCUCCCGAUCGUGAUCCCUUGAGUCUUCCUCCUAUGUCAACCUUUAGACCUGGGACAACAACCUCCUCCACGCAUCCACACUCUCCAUAUUCAACCUCAUCACCAACCAAUGGAACAGACACAACAUUAACUGUUAGAGGAACGACAAAUGUAAGUGGAGGAGGGGGCAAUUCACAAACAGGAGACACAUUGGGAAAGGCAUUAGCCUCAAUAUAUUCAGCCGAUCACACCAAUAGCAGUUUUCCUUCUAAUCCGUCAACACCUGUGGGUUCGCCCCCUCCCAUGUCAGGACCUUGGCCAAGAUCAAGCACUCAGGCAUCACCGGGGCCUUAUGUUGAAAGCCAUCUACAUUCACUGCAAAGUCGUAUGGAGGAGAGACUUGAUGAUGCAAUUAAUGUGCUACAAAGACAUGCCGAGGGAGCUCUUCAAGCCAUGCCUAAUCACCCAUCAGGCAUGGUGCCACCACCAGCACAUACAGGUGCUGCAGCAGCAAUCAACGUUGGCCCAUCAUUUGCUCCACCCGGACAAUAUAUAGAGUCCCACAUGUCAGGGUCACCAUCUGUGGAAAGGAAUGCAGUGGCAGGACCUGUGUCUGCAUCUGAGAUGAGCCAAACACAGCCUUUCAAUGGUAAGAUAUCUACUAAUGUAUGUAUACAGGUUCAGUAUUUGUGUGUCUCUGACAUUUCUUGUAAUGUUACUCAUCCUGUUAAACAGUACAUGUAUGCAUAUGUGUGGUUUGAAAUCUGUUCAAUUAAUAGAAUAAUAAUAAAGAACAUUUUGUAAAGCACCGGAAUCCGC